ACGAUAUCAAACAUGUAGUAGUAGUAGUAGUGUUUUGCUGUAGAAAUUCGUAGUAUCUUCGGUGUACUACGGUGAAAUUGAAAGGAAAAGUGAAAUAAAUUACCAGAAUAGAAAUUGAAAUUCAUUGUAACGGACUUUGUUGGGGAACCAGAACCAGCACCAAGAAGGGCAAGAAGAUGUCGGAAAUUCUCAGAGCAGAGGACUUUGAGAAGUACGCCAUUCGUAAUGAGUACCGCGGGACGGCGUGGAAGGACGCGAAGCCUAUUGGGCAAGGCAGGUACAAGAUGGUCAGGGAAGGGAGAUACAUGAGGCGUAGGGAAGUGACUGUAGGAGUGGGAACAGUAGAAAGAUUGGAGGAAGUUCCGGGAAGCCCAAAGUGCGUGCUUAAAUGCCUGAAAAGUGGCGCAGAGUUCGAUGGAAACUGCUUCGAGAAUGACGUGACGUGCGCUGAAGCUGCGCUGCCGUAUCUGGCAGGAUUCAAUAGAUAUUUGAAAAAGGCAAAGGAGCUGCCUCCGCACGUCGCAGAUUCGAUCUCCAUAAACUAUGCGCCGAGAGGGGGGGCCGCGUAGAUUUUCUAUUUUCUUUUUCAUGAGUAGUACCUCAUUUUGGCUUUAUGCAGAUGCUGUACUUCGCGAACUAGAGAAGUCUCCUCAUAACACAUACCUAAUUACUUCAUCGCACUAGUAUAAGUGGUAUCAUUGAUAUUGUCAGCUUCUAACAUUAAUAUAACUCGUAAGUUGAAUGAUAAUGAAAGUAUUCUUGUUCCACCUCUAAAAUUUGAUCAACAUGCCGCAAGUGCGGACAGAAACAGGGAGCACAUUUAGCAAAGCGGACAAACAUGUUGGGCAGAAAUAUCUGGUCGAGCCCUACAUAGCGAAUUUUCGAAAGUUCAAUUCGAACACUGGCGCUGUCACUCAACAUGAAGCACUUCCGCAGGGUUUAAGUCAUUGGAUUAUGAAGGCAAUCUCAAAAAAGAUAUAUAGCGGUAGCUUCAUACUGCCUAGUGAUCUGAUGUAUUUUUUACUUGUUCUUGCGACGACGAGACAUUAUAAUUUGUAAUAAAUAUUUACUAACCAUACGAAUACGUAUGAUGUUGAUGUGCUGUCUGUGAGAGAAAUAUGUGGAUGUCUAAUGAGGUAAAGGCAACUCUAUCAUCUACUAUGUAUGUGUGAAGAUUGCUAAUGUUCGCUAUCACGCAUCGAAUGGGCAAGAGCUUCUCUGCGAUCUUCAGGGAGGAUCUGUCGGCGGCAGUGGGGAGAGCCUUGUUUUGUCUGAUGUGGUGAUCAUGAGCACGAAGCAAGAAUACGGAGCAACCGAUCUUGGCGAAGAAGGAAUCGAAAAUUGGAUGGCUCACCAUAUCUGUGGCGACUUCUGUGACAAUUCCUGGCUCAUGCCUGAAGGCCUCGAAAAACGGUACCGACCGACUUUGUUAUGGGUUACAAGAAAGUUACAAUUACUUACGUCAUCUACGAUCGCAACCAUAUCCAUGAUUUUUCUUGAGAGUGUUUGCCUAUUUUUCAAGUAAGUAGAAAAUUAUAGGCCAACAAGGAUGCUCUUCCAGAAGACUGUGAUUUUUUUUCCAGACCGACCUCUAACUUUGUGUACUACAGUCUGCCGUGAUCUUCGCCCUCAGGCGGGUCUUUCGUCCUCAGGCGGCACUAGAGAGCGAACGAGCAAAUUCGGCCCAUACAGUUGUAGCAAUUCGUCCGUUCGAUUGGUGAGCAAUUCGCAUGUCACAGCAAGCACGAUCCGCAAAAAGCCUUCAGAUGUAUGGUUCACACAGGACAGCAUCAAGGAAGAUUUCUCCGACGGUGAACAUACCCUACACGGAACGGCACUUCUGCUCGCAGAACAGAAAAUAUCGCCUUCGGAUAUUGAUUAUGGCGAUUCUCAAAUUCAGCUAAGAAGUACCUUGAUCAUGACGAGCUGAUUGAUCAUCGAUACGAAAAAUGCCAUCUUCAUGAUGCAAACAAGACUUGUGCGUGGUCUCCUUCACCAGCUUCCUAGUUUAACUUAAAAAGAAGUGAGGAUUCUAACCGACAGCGAUGAGCGUAGUUGAGUAUGAAGGUAAAAUAUGGGCAGUGGAUAAUCGCAGACUCGCAUGUUUUCGCUUGCUGGAGAUGGUGGGGAAAGUUGGAAAAGUCCCCAUGACAUUGGUGCCUUUGAGGUGGAAAGGGAUGCAAAAGCAAUUCACCGACAAGCUCACCACGAGGACCGGUGGCAAGUACGUCAUGAUUCGCCCAACAAGUACGUCACCGGUGUCCCCUGCUGAAGGUGCUUCCUUGGUAGUAACCGCCGAGGACUCAACAUCUUCCAUGACCGGCAGAAGUGACUUACUAUCUUCAUGCGGAAAUGACACGACAUCGACGACAACCAUGGGGCUCGGAGCAGCCUCUAUCUCCACAGCAUACAAGAAUCCGCAUUGGCGAGGCGAACAAGAUGCUCAGCGCAAGAAGAAUCUCGAUAUUGGUCUUGAAAGCGACGCAGGAAACGACCCGAAAAGCACUUAUGAAGAAACACCAAGGAAGUUGAAUGUGCUGUAAUCUAGUCGUAAUUGUAGGUACUUACAACAUAAACAUGAUGAAUGAAGACCAGCUCCUGAUGCUGAUGUCCUCGCUUGUCGACGCGACUUGUUUGUAGUAGAAAGAUGUCUUCGAAUAAUUCUAUCUAUCAUAUCAAAUUAUUCACCAACUUCCUCCCCUAGGAGUAGGAGAUCUAGUAGCUUCUAUCUAGGACAGUCCUAAUCAUAAUCUGAUAAAUAGAAGAAUUCUUCCAACAAUUACCUCUUGCCAGGCACGUCAAUCAAUCAAUCAAAUAAUAAUCUGAAAUUCUAAGAAGCGUCAAUAAUCGCUCGUCUCAUACUUUUCUCCUUUUUUCAUAACAACUUAGGCCCGGAUGCUUGGUACAUUGGAGGAAAUGAGAAGACAACCAAUUACCCAUGGCUGGAGCAGAUCCGAAACACCUACCCGAAUAAGAUCCCCAACAAGGCGGCGCUGCGAUUGUUUCUGAUAGAGAUCGAAGACACGGACGACGAGGAAGGGCAUUAAUGCAGCUAGGCCUACUUACCUGCUCUACCUUAGGUAGACUACCUAGUAGUGGAAGGAUACCUAUUUUUCCUGUGUAAAAAUAGAAUCAAAAAUCGUUAUCGCAACAUAUGAAAGCAGAAGAUGAAUUUUUGGCAGCCUGAAUUUUGAGUUCUUCUAGUACAUUUAAUGCAUGAUAGCGCCACUCAUUCCCCGAAGCAAUACACAAGAUCGAUUUUUAGCGAAUUACAGCACUGAUAAUUAUAUAAUGAUUUGGGCUUUAAAGCUUCUGGUAGUAGUGGCGAAAGUCAAGAUUAGUUUUAGCACGCAUGGAUGAUUGUAGAUGAAAAUGAAAAAUUAUCCACGUUCGAACAGGAUGAUUGCCGUGGUCGAUGUUGUUAUCGGCAUGUGCUGUAUCCGAUAGUAUGUUGAUUCUCGACACGUCGUUCGUCGUUGUAGAUCACGAAUUCUGAAUCGUUAUUCCUUGUUGUUCAACUCCCCAAUUAUGUUUAUGAUACGAAAUUUCCAUAAUGCGGAGUUUCCAAACAUCGCCUAUUUUGAUUCUACAAGAAAAUGAAGACUGACUUGCUGGAGCAACAAGAACUAUACACUUUCUUACAUAUAAUCUAACCCUGUACUUACCUUCUUACACUACAACUAUACAUUUCUUGCAAGUAUGCUUACAUAUCGACGAACUCUGUCUAAUAUGGUCGCAUAAUUCCAUCUGUACCAGCUGCGGCUCACUUAUUCCCAUGAAGCUGAACUCAUUCCAUUCAUUUCGCAUCCGAGAAAGACACUCAGUGAUCGUUCUCUUUCAUCCUGUCUCAUUCCUUAUCAUGUAUGCGUAUACUCUAGUACGUCGUAUACAACUCUACGUUCGUCUUAGUCAUCAAGAUCAAGAAGGGCAGUUGCGAACAGACAUCACGACUACCGUGACAGAGCGGAAUGAGACAGAUGAUGACAUCUAAAAAGUGACACAGCUCCGUUAGAAAAGAGAGG